UGGACCCCCGCCUGGCCGCCUCCUUUCUCCUGUGCGGCCGCACUCCACACCCUUGUCUCUCUCUCGUCCCUCCCCACCCCCUCAGAUCCACCUCCACCGCUGGAGCCGCGCGUGAGCCGGCGUCCUCCUCCACCGCCGGAGCCGUCGCUCGUCUGCGGCCUCUCUCUCCCCACCCCCUCAGAUCCCCCAAUGUCCCCCGCGCAGCACGCGCUGCCGCUCGUCGCCGGCUUCCUCACGCCGGCACCGGUGCCAGCGCUCGUUCGUGAGCUGGCGUCGACGCCGCCGCCCAUGCCUGACGACGGCCUGUGGUGGCAGCUGUGCGUGGAGGAUGGAUCCGGCGACGGCCUCCUCACCCUCAAGGACUCGCUCAUCGAUGGAUCUGCGUCAAUCUACAUCUCCUACCUCGGGUUCUGCAUCCGACAUCUCCGGCGGCUCCCCGCUUCUCUGUCCAAGAUCCACGCCCUGCAUCCUCGUCCCCCUCUUCCCACCGUCAUCUCCACUCUUCGCAAUCCUCUCCUCUGUCUGCUUCUCGUCGAUUUCCUGCAGGAUCUCGAUGAGAUGAAGCGCUGCCUCAAGGAGAUGGAGGAGCCCGCCACGCUCCGCGAGAUGCAGGCCAUGGUCGCCUAGGAGAUGCAAGGUUCGGAAUCCCUUCCCUCCCGUGCUUAUUUUUGUUGAUGUGGAGACAUGGUGCCGUGUGAUUGGGAAAUCAACUUGCAUAUGCUUAUGGGUAGAUAGGCUUUCGCUGAUUGAGUUAGAAACUGAUAGGGGUUGGUUCGGAUUCUUUAAUUAAAUUGCAUCCGCUUGUGAGUAGUUCAGGAUUGACUGAUGGCUUGCAUUCGCUGAUUGACUGAUUGUAGAUCCUACUGUCAAGAUAUAGUGUUUGUUGUCAGAAACUGGGUAUAAAGAAAUGAAUUGGCGAAGCACGAGCCUGGGGGCGCUAGGACACUGGGUUGACUGCAGGUUAUCAUGAAUUCCAUUAGCUUGUUUGCUAAACUGAUCUACUAAAUGCCUGACUGACUUCUGUGGUUAAUCUGAAAACCAAUCUGUUAGUCAGGUGAACUGCGGACGCUUACAUACUGCUUGCUUGUUUUUAGCUGCAAAAUGCUACUGGUUGUGGUUAAUCUGAAUACCAAUGUGUUAGUCCGGCUACUGCAUAAGCUUGCAUGCUUUCUUGCUUGUCAUUAGCUGCAUAACUGUGCUUUUGUAGCUCAGUGUUUUCUCUCUUUUUUUAUAUUCUAUAUGCAGCUUGUUUAUAUAUGAGAUUUAGCUGCUAAUAUAUGAAUCAUGCUUGUUUAUAUAUAAUCAUUAGUGCAUAACAUUGCCAAUAUGUGGACGAGCUGCGGCCGGUACCCACGAGGGCAAUGGAGCGUUUGACUUGCAUAGCCAGCCCGCACCGCUUCUCCAUUGGGUUCUGAGAUUAUUUUCUUCUUCCUUCGACUUGUACAUUAAUUAAGCCUAUGCUCCAUUCUUCUCAUUCAUGCAGUGCACACUUUUUGUUUGACUUUUUGCAUGUGAGUUAUGCUUUGAAUGGAUUGAUGGGGAGGGGACCGUGUACGUCUUUUAGAAAAAUUAAGACAUGCUUGGCAACCUUACCUGCAGUAUAAUUUUUUUGUUCAUUUUUGCCUAACUGUGUUCCACUUUACUUUAUUUGAAGGAACAGUCUAGUUGCAAAAAAUUUGCUAUGCAUUGAAGAUAAUUAUAUGAUGAUUUGAUUUGCAUUACAGUUAUCAGUCCAUGUUUGAACCAAAUUUCAGAGCAGCUUAACUUCUUGUAGCAACAAACGUUCUGAAAUUUUUGUAGGAUAUCUUGCUAGUAAUUGACUGUUUGCUACUUUCUUGGUUCACUUCACAUUGAUGAUGACUAAAAUUUUGCUUGUGGUUGCUAGUCCACGGGCGGGUUUUAUAUUGAAGCAUGAGAAUGGUGUUCGGCAGGUAUGUCUGCAUCUGUACAGCAUAAUUAUAGUUGAUGUUGAGAUUGUAGCUAGUUUCAGUAGUGCUUGCUGUUCACUUAGCUUCCUCCCUGCAUGCAUCUCUUUAACUAAAGAAACUAUAAAUCUGAUAUAUGAUUUUUAUUCAAAUAUUAAAUAUUGACUUUUCAAAAUACAAGAGAUGAGCUUCUUGGUAGUACAAUAAUGCAAUUGCAUUGCAUAUUCAUAGCUGCUUUCUAUUCUACUAAUAUUAGUCACGGAUUGUUCCUUUCAUCUUGUUUGUGAUGUAGUGAGGGAUCCUCUACUCAUGCUGUUGCCAAUUUGAUAAAACAAUUUGAUCCUCUAUUUUCAUUUUAAACAGGUAUUAGGAGGUUGUACCGCAGCUUUGUUAUGGAGUAGAACAUUCUAAAUUUACCUUUGUACUGCAGCUAUUUGGUAACAGGCUUUCCAAUACAUUGUAUAUGCAUUUGCAUUGUCAAAUAUUGAGUCCAUUUUUCUGCAACCUUGCUAUAUGUAAACUGCACUCUAAUUUUCAGAAAGAUUAAGUUCUUUGCAUGCUUGCAAUUUUCAGGGAGAGAAGUACAAAGAUCAAGAACAAGUGCAUCGAAUUUGUUUGAGUGCCUCUACAGAAAAAAGAGAAAUGAUGCACGUUAUGUACAUAUUGCCAUUGCAUAUUAGCUUUCAAAUAUAGCUUAUAGCAAUUCUGGAUGAAAUUUUUUUAUGUGAUUUAAUGUUGUAUGUGAUUAAAUGCUCGAUCAAAAUUUAUUUAUGUGAUGAGAUGUUAAUUUCUUGUUGAUA